GCUUUCAGCGCUGCGGUCCAAUAUAGCGCAUGCGCGCUGCCGGAGGACUGCUUCACAGACCGCAAUAUGGCGAGAAUGCCUGGCAGCGGAGACACGGAGCAGGAGCAGAUGAGCUGCCCCGAGAGGAGCAGGGAUGAGGAGGAGGAGGAGGAAGAUGAAGAUGAGAUCCAGGAGGUCCAGAUCACCGGGGAGGAGGAGGACGAGGAGUCCGACAGAGAUGGAGUGGAGUGGGAGUCAGGGAGCACAGUGCUGGACUCCAGCGGUUCCGCCGCGCAGACACGAGCGGUCGUUAUGCGGAGUAUGGACCGAAGGGAGGAGGAGGAGGGGGAGGCGGACCCACUCGGCAGCAGCAUCCCCUCCGGGCGCGAGUCUCACCCGGAGGGAGAACUUCAGCGGUCAGAGCGAAACAAGCUGAGCGAGAACACCCGCCUGGCCACCAGGUACGCCGUGAGGAUCUUCAGGGAGUACCUCAGCGAGAAAGCCCAAAGUCCAGACUUUGAAACUCUGGACAAGGAUGCGCUCUGCGCUGUGCUGCGCUCCUUUUACGCCGAGGCGCGCUCCAAAAGUGGACAACUGUACAGCAAGUCCUCCCUCAUCAGCAUCCGCAGCUCUCUCAACCGGUACCUGAACGAGCCGCCCUACUGCCGCACCUUGGACCUCACCAAGGACCCAGAGCUGCGCAGCGCCAACCUGACCCUGGCCGCGGUCAUACGGAGGCUGGAGGAGCAGGGUGCCGGCCCGGUGGUGCAGAAACAAGCCAUCACGCGCUCGGACCUGCGGAAACUGUACGAGUCCUCCGUGUUCAACACCGACACCCCGUUUGGGCUUCUGAACAAAGUCUGGUUUGAGACCUGCAUGUAUUUCUGCACCAGGGGAAGAGAGAACCAGCGGGAGCUGGAGGAGGACUCGUUCGGCCUGGCCGUGGACGAGGACGGAAGAAAGUUUGUGUAUUUUAAAGCUCUCGGACCCUAUCACAAGUCCCGCUCCGCCGCCUGGACCAAGAAGCGCCCGGACGCAGACGAGGACACGCUGCCGCGCAUGUACGAGACGGGCACGGAGCAGUGUCCGUACGCCAGCUUCGUCCGGUACGUGUCCAAACGGAACCCGCUGUGCAGGGCGUUCUUCCAGCGGCCCCGGGACCACUGCUGCGCGAGCGACGUGACGUGGUACGAGAACAAAGCCAUCGGGAAGAACCUGUUGGGCACGAGAAUGCAGAUGUUGUCGCGCGCUGCCAAGCUCUCGAAAACCUACACCAACCACUGCAUCGGUGCCGUCUCCAUAGCAACCCUCAACAGCAUCGUGGGGGCCGCGGGCUUCAAGCCCUCGACGACGCUUUACGUUGCCUCGGAAACGGUCAAUGGUCACGCGCAGUCCCACCUCCAGCUCGUGAUCCCGUACCUGCGCAGGGUCAGCGACGCUGCGGAUCUGAGUCAGCAGCAAAGCGCAGAAGCAGAGACGUCGCACACGUCGCCUACAUCAGCAGCAGCAGCGAGGAGGGAGAGCAACGAGGACGACCCGGGAGCUCCGUCUGCCAAGAAACGCUGUGUGCGCCCCGGGACGCGCGCCGAGUCGCCCGCGGAGCCGAAUGAGAGAGAGUCGGUGCCUGCCACAGCCACGGAGUCCCGUCUCGCACAGUCCGGCGCCCGGUCCCCUGUGCCCACAGAGGACAGACGUAGCAGCGGCAGCUGCAGCAGCAUGUCGAGUCAGAAGCUGGCUUCUUGGUCGCCGAUGUCUCCCCUGUGCACCACGGGAAUCCCAGCACCAGCUCAGCUCACCAAAACCAACGCACCAGUCCACAUUGAUGUGGGAGGACACAUGUACACCAGCAGCCUGCCCACACUCACCAGGUACCCCGAGUCAAGAAUCGGGCGUCUGUUCGACGGCACAGAGCCCAUCGUGUUGGACAGUCUAAAGCAGCACUACUUCAUCGAUCGGGACGGGGACAUGUUCCGCUACAUACUCAACUUCCUGCGAACCUCCAAGCUCCUCCUGCCUGAUGACUUCAAAGAGUACUCCCUGCUCUACGAAGAGGCUACUUUCUUCCAGCUGGUGCCUCUAAAGACCGAGCUGGAGCGCUGGAGGGCUGAGCAGGAGCGCCGGGACGUUUCCCGAGACUGUGAGUGUGUCGUGGUCCACGUGACGCCAGAGCUCGGCGAGAGGAUCAGUGUGAGUGCGUCCCGGGCACUGAUGGAGGAGAUUUUCCCCGAGGUGAACGAUAUCGUCUACAGUUCUAUGAACGCCAGCUGGAACCAGGACGCCACACACCUGCUCCGCUUCCCGCUCAACGGCUACUGCCACCUCACCUCAGUCCAGGUGCUGGAGCGGCUGCAGCAGAAAGGUUUCUUCAUCACAGGGUCGUGUGGCGGCGGCGUGGACUCCUCCCUGUUUAGUGAAUACGUCCUGCGAAGGGAGAUCCAAGGCAGACGCCCCCUGAUCCUCAAAGCAAUAAAACAGGAACUCCUGCAUUAAAUUCAGAAGACCUGAUUGCACAUCUGUUCUGUGCAAGUGGACAGUUUGUCACAUGACACAGACUCCCUCACUCUGCAGCAAAAGAGUGAAACAAAGCAGGACGUGCGAAACGUGGUCUAAUCCUCAAACGUGAACGUGAGGUAGCACCUGAAUUCAAAGACAACACAGACAUCAUUCACCAAUUUAUUUCAUCACAUUGAUGCAAGAUGUUUUCCUUCCUGCGAUUCCCAAAAUUGUCCCCAUUAACUUUAAAGUCAGUCUGUGUCACGCUGAGUGACAUCAGCCAUCACAGUAAAUAAAGAUUUUUCAAAGAAUAAAUGUUUUUAAGAACUUGUUGUGAUGAAAUAAAAACACGUAAGAGGUUUUUUUUAAGAUUUGUUGGAAAUCAAAAACUCGAUUCUCGUCUUUAAAGGUCUUCAGAUCUUUAACUCUGCGCUCUGUAAACGCGUCUCUGGCAGCAGCGACAGCCUCAGGUCUUCCUGUCUGGUCUUCUCGAGCUUAGAUUGGCUGAAAGCAUCAGUUCUGUAGUCCCGCACACGCGUGUUAUAUGUAACCAUGCUCAUUUCCUCCUUUAACGCACACACAUGUAACCAUGUGGGCCUCACAUCAAAUCUGUACACAAACAUUUGAUUGCAGAUGUGAGUCGGUGGCCCACAGAUCAUCUGUGCUUAUCCACAGAAACCAGUGUAAACCAGUUUACCCACAGUGUAAAUAUGAAGGCAUGAGCCUGCAUGAACCUUUACAUUGAUAUUUAAUACUUGCGAAGACCAUCAGUUACUUUUACCUGAUGCAAGCGUGACAGGUUUAUUUUUGGUAAAAGAAAAACGUGUAACAAACGAGCUUUUCAGUUAUUUUUUUAAGCCUUAAUUUCAUUUAUGGCAUGCAACAUUUUUACUGUAGAAGCACAAAUUUCUCCUCAUGCUUUGAGAACUUGUACAAAAAAAGAAAUGAAUGUAUUUUGUAUUUGGUUUUUCAAACGUGUUUUAAGGGACAAAGAAUCAGUCCCACGUUGUGUAUCCACGUCAUCUUGUUUUGCAUAAUUACUGUACGAUCAUUUUAUGAAUGAAGAACUGAGAUUCUUUAAAAGGCUAAAUGCACAAAUCUGUCAUGAACUUUAUUUUGAAAAGGCAAAACUUUGACUCAUGUGUUAGUGGCAUCGUGCACUUUGAACAGCUCAGACGUUUGGAAAAUGUGCUUGUGUGACAUUAAGAGGACAGAUCGAGCUCAUGUUCAUGUAAAAAGGUGAACAGACGUUAAAUAGAAAAUCUCCUGCUGCUGUGCAAACGGUUAACACGAGUAGCCAUCAAUCAGAUCACAACAACAAAACAAAGCAGCACAUUUUCCAAACGUUGAGCUAAUCAUGUAAAAAUAUCAGGAGAACUGGUUUCUUUUCAUGACAACACUGGAGUGCACAGAGGCUUCACGUCAAACAAUUACAACAACAAUUAUGUAAGAAACCACAAAAUGCUUGAGAGGAACCGAUUCAAUAAAAGACAUU